AUGACCACCGGUGUCUCCAUAGCCAGCUCCAUCCAUCCUGGUGCUAUGGAAAACAGUGGACAAAUCCUUGAGGUUUGGAGACAAAUAGGCUCCAAUCUAAGAGGAUAUCAACAUCUUAGCAAGCAGAGCAGAUCUGUCCAUCCCACCUUGCUGCUGGAUCCGUUCAUCCCCUCACCAGAUCUCUGUGUAAUACUGGAUGUGAGGCUUCUCUUUCUUCGUCUUCGUUAUGCCAUGAGUAUCCUCUCUGUUUUGCUGUGGGCUCCUGCCUACUCCUUUGGCCCUCUGCGGCUCUGCUGCCUUUUGUCGACCUGCUGUGUCGUGUUUGUUCGAUUUGGUUUUGUACCAAAUAUUAUGGCACUAAUGAGUGAUGACGAAAGUGCAGGAUGCAUGCUUCUUAAAGGUUUGUCAGCUGCUGGAACUUUGAAGCUCAUAGCUCAACCUGAAAUGGUAUUUUUUUGCCUCCCUCACCUGCGUGGUGUUAAGCGAAACCUACUCUUGCAGACAUCUCUAGUCUGUAGUGACAAGGCAAGUAAAAACAACAAGGACAUGCAAGCAAAGAAAGUAUUCCUUAUGAAUCUUUUGCGUCUUCAAUUCAACAUGAAAGUAACAAAGAAGACUUCUCACACGCUGUUUGCACAAAUUCAGGCAGUCACUACCUGCACCUUUUUUGUGUUCUGA